AUGAGAUUUCAAUCCCUUGUUCUUCUCUUCCUUAUUUUGUUGGCUUCUGCCAUCCUGAAUCAAGCUAUACCAGGCGGUUGGAGUCCCAUAAAAAACAUCAGUGAUCCAUACGUAGUUGGAAUUGCCCGAUCCGCAGUCGACCUGUACGACAAGCAAGAAGGAGCAACAUUGGAGUUUGAGAAUCUUAUCAAAGGUGAAUCACAGGAUGUCAAGGAUAAAUUACAGGUUGUCUUCCAGACCAACUACCGCCUCACUCUUUCUGCCAAAAGCGGUUCAUCUUCUAACAAUUAUGAAGCUGUUGUGUUGGAUCAGUUUUCGGAAUACUUAAGGAAUCUCUCUUCCUUUAAACGCAUUUGA